ACUGUAUAUCCGACCCAAAAUGCUGUACCUCCAAUUGACUCCCCAGAAGUCCAGCGAUGGCUCAAAGAACUUGAUCUCUCUGGAGCGCCUGCGUUUCAACUCAACACGGGCGCACCGCCAGCCUGUCCAGCCAACCUGGACCCUAAUGUCUGUUAUAGGACAUGCCAGAAAUGUCAUGCAGAUGAUGUGCUGAUCUGUCCAGACAAAGAUACAUGGGGGUUGACUUUUGAUGAUGGACCUACAGAUCAGACACCGGAUCUCCUGACCUUUUUAAAGAGUAGUAAUACCAAGGCAACUUUUUUCUUGCUCGGUAGCAAUGUUGUCAAAUAUCCAGAGAUUGUAAAGACAGAAAUCGAACAUGGCCACCAUAUAGCCUCACACACAUGGUCACACCAUGCGCUGACAACUUUAAGCAAUGAGCAGAUUGUUGCAGAAAUGAAGUGGACAGAAAAGGCAAUUGAGGAUUUCACAGGCUACAGAGUCAAGUACAUGCGCCCACCCUACGGCGACAUUGACAAUCGUGUCCGCUUUGUGCUCAAGAAAAUGGGCUACAUAGUGGUCGACUGGACUAGU